AGGGCAGGAUGGAAAAUGCCUUUCUUCCUCUUACUGUGCCUGCUACAAGGUUCUUCUUUCGCCCUCACAAAAAGACCCACUCCGAGAUGGCUGUGGGAGGCUCUCUCCCUCAGGACUCAUCUCGGACCAUGGGGUACUCAGGCCUUCGAAACGCCCCUCUGCUGGAGAAGCUCCUUGCAGCUCAAAUCAUUGAAGGGCUCAAGGCUGGUGUCUGGGCAGCCUGGAGGAACUGUCACCAUCCGCUGCCAUUAUGUCCCCUCAUCUGUCAACCCAGGCACCGAGUACUGUACCUCUGGGGGCCCAAGAUGGAUCUGCCAGACCAUUGUGUCCACCAGCCACUACACUCACCAUCGCUAUCGUGACCGUGUGGCCCUCACAGACUUUCCACAGAGAGGCCUGUUUGUGGUAAGGCUGUCCCUAUCUGACAUUGGAUCUACACUCUGCGGCAUUGGAAGUGAUAAUGCCAUGCUGUUCUGCUUUAUGAAUCUGACCAUCUCUGCAGGUCCCUCCCUUUCCCUCCCCACAGCCCGCUCCAGCUGUUGAGGAGCUCACCAUGGAUCCUGUGGAACAGCAUUUCCAGUAGCCAACAGAUGGACCCCAGGAACCACCCAGACCUCCAUAGGACAGGGGACAGCAUGGGACAGUGCUUCAACUCCAGGAACCAGCAGCCACAACUUCAGAGAGAACAAACCCAGAGCAACCAGGCUAGCAGCUCCAGGGACAGGCAGCUAGGCGGAGGGUUCCGUCAAGUGCCAGCUCCCACAUUCAGAGAGUCCAAUACAAAACAAGAAGCGUAAUACAACAGAAGGUGUUUGGGGCACCAGAAGCUCAGUGACAAGCGGAAGCAUUAGCAAGGACUAGGAGGAGAUGACAACUGCCAAGGCUGAUAGGCCAAGGGAGGACACAGAGCGGGUCAGGAUCACUCUUGAUGCAGCCAAAAGCUAUCCUAGAACCAUUAGACCCACCAGCUCUGGUCUCAAAACUCUGGUACAAAUCCUCCCACAAGCAACGCCAGUUUCUAAGCAACAAUCUCUAAGGCUCGUUGGAGAAACAACUCCAGCUGUAGUCUUGUGGACCUUGGGAACUCCAGCUGCAGUGGACCAGCAUGGGGCAGCAUCUGGGAAGAGUGCAGGGGACCUAGAUGCUGCCACUGGAGACAGAGGUCCCAAACCAGCUGAGCCAGGCCCGGCAGUGGGACCUCAGAGGCCUGGCAAAGUCCUCUGUGAAGAGUGCUUUUCAGAAAGAUGAAAACGCUCUAGGACCCUGGCUCCUGUCUCUACCAUGCUGGCCCUGUUUAUGCUUAUGGCUCUGGUUCUAUUGCAAAGGAAGCUCCGGAGAAGGAGGAUCUCUCAGGAAGCAGAAAGGGUCACCCUAAUUCAGAUGACACAUUUUCUGGAAGUGGACCUCCAACCAGACCAGCUGCCCCAUGUGGAAAGAAAGAUGCUCCAGGAUGACUCUCUUCCUGCUGAGGCCAGCCUGACUGCUCCAGAGAGGAAUCUAGGACCCUGAGGGACAGAAAGAUGAACUGCUCAGUUAGCAUGGGAGGAGGACCAAGAUCAAAGGCCUCCAGGACCCCAGCCUCUUUCCAUCAUCCUUCCUCCACCUGUGGGAAGAGAAGCUGAUGAAGCUGGGGCUCCACCCACGGAAGAAAGGCUGGCUGUCCUUGGGCCCAAGAAAGUCAAGAAUUAUCCACGUCCAAAGGUGACAAGAUGACUCAAAGGAGACUUCAAGAAAGUUGUAUGAAACACUGGAAGAGGUCACCUAGGAAAAGUGUGAAAUUUCCAUUCCUGAAUGUUUGAAAAUAGAAGAGGCUUCCAAUCAGUGUGGAAAGUGACAAAUCCUCUAUCAUCACUCCCAGCCCUUGCUAGGGGACCCUUUUCGGACUAUUGUUAGCACUCAGCCUCCCACUCACAUUUAAUUAUAUUUAAGUGUACCAGCCUUGCCUUCUCAAGUAGAUUCUAAGCUCCUUUAGGACAGUAAUUGCGUUUUAUCUGUCUC